GCAGCGGCCGCGGGUGGGGGCGCGGCGGGGGUGCGGGCUCCCGCCCUCCGCCAUUCGCAGGCGCCGCUGCUCGGGGCCGGGCCGCUGCCGGCUGCGGUUGACCUUGCGGCCGGCCGCCCCACCAUGGGCACGGUGCCGUCGGCGCUGAAGCACUGCCUCAGCUACCAGCAUCUCCUCAAGGAGCAGCCGUGGAUCGGGGAGCCGGUCCCCCCGCCGCAGCCCGGGCAGGAAUCCCAAACAUCUGGACUGCCUGAGUACAUAAAGAUUGUAGAAGUUGGGCCAAGGGAUGGAUUACAAAAUGAAAAGGUGAUAGUCCCAACUGAUAUCAAAAUUGAGUUAAUCAACCGGCUUUCCAAAACAGGCCUUUCUGCAAUAGAAGUGACAAGUUUCGUUUCAUCCAAAUGGGUGCCUCAGAUGGCAGAUCAUAACGAAGUAAUGAGAGGCAUCGAGCGACAUCCUGGAGUCCGAUAUCCUGUUCUCACACCUAACCUUCAAGGUUUUCAUAAUGCUAUUGCAGCAGGAGCUACAGAAGUCUCAGUAUUUGGUGCAGCAUCUGAAUCUUUUAGCAAAAUGAAUAUUAAUUGUUCUAUUGAAGAAAGCAUAGAAAAAUUUGAAGAAGUUGUUAAAUCAGCAAGGAAUAUGAACAUUCCAGUGCGUGGGUAUGUGUCUUGUGCAUUGGGAUGCCCGUAUGAAGGAAACAUCAUACCAGCUAAAGUGGCAGAAGUAUCGAAACGGCUGUACAGUAUGGGCUGUUAUGAAAUCUCCCUGGGGGACACAAUUGGUGUGGGGACUCCUGGAAGUAUGAAAAGAAUGUUGGAAGCUGUUAUGAAAGAAAUUCCUCUGAGUGCUCUUGCUGUUCAUUGUCAUGACACAUAUGGCCAGGCACUAGCCAAUAUACUCACAGCCAUACAGGUUCUGCUACAGUGCAUGUCUGAAGGUGCUGUGUUUUUGGCUGACCUGAACUUGUCACGAUCUUGCCAAAAUUCCUUGAUGAAGCAGGCAUUACACAGUCUCUCUGACUGGCUUUAUGCAAGCAGCUCCUUGGCUUGGUCUGAAGAAUUAAUGAAUGACAGCUGGAAAGCCACAAAUCACUCUACACUAAUUCAGGCAUUGCUUCGAUGGGAGAUCUCCUAGGAGUGGAAAGAGGUGCUGGUGAUUCAGAUACUAAUCAGAAAAAGAGAUCCUUCAUCAGUUAUAGAUUAUCCUCGUCUCCAAAUUCUCUCACUAGUGGUAACUUGGAGCAGUAGACGCAACUUCCCUUUGGCAUAAAAUCAAGCCUCAACUGUCUUAAAACAUUCUUAAACCCUGAAUUUCUCAUGCAAAUCCAUGUAUGUCUUUGUAUGUCUCUGCAAGCUCAUAUGGAUUUAUCACUCUAGAUCUAAAUGGAAUAUGAACGGAGAAAUCAUUGUAGCAACUAGAGAAAUAAAUUCUAAAGUGGUUUUAGCAAUUUUCUAUCUUAAAGCCAAAGAUGAUUUCUGUACUAAUAGCACUGAAGCUAUGGAUUUAUAGAAGGAAUGUGUUUGGCCCAAAUGCUUUAUGCUCUUUCCUCUUUUUCUGUGCCGACCUACUUACACUUUUUUUUUUUUCUUGGAAUGCUUUUUUAUUGUAGCUUUCUUAAUCACCUCCUGAAUGCUUUCACUUCUGAGUUUCCCAUGCUGUAAGUGAUGUUCAGUUGCACAUUUCAUUCUUCAGUGUUGGUGGUAUGUUCGUUUCAGCUUCAUUGGUAAUUUUUUGUUUCAUUAAAUCCAGAACCAUUACGGCCAUUUUGUAGGCACUCUAGUAUUUAUUCCAUUACUGGGCAUCUUUCUCCUGUUGUGAGUGCACUUCUAUGCAUAUAUAAAUGAACAGAUUCAGAUGAUUUAUUAUAAAUGAUUCUUAGCUCUUCAUCAGAUGCUGUUCUGCAUCAUUUGUUAGUUAUCAUAUCUGGAACUGUAGUUUGUAAAAUGGAAAGAAUUUAGAAUUCAUAGAAUAUGAGUAGAGAGUUCUGUCUUAUUUCACCUUUUGCCAGUUGAUUACAGGUUUGGAAAGCUGUGCUUGCAAACAAGGCUUAUACAAGAUAGCACAGGAUGUAAUUUAGAUACUUAACCAGCAGAUUAUAGGCUCAUCUGAGGACAGUACUUUGCACAGGCUGUUGUCUACUUCUCUCACCUCUGUUCUCCUGUGUAAUUCCUUUUUUCUUUUUUUUUUUUUUCUCCCAUUCUUUAUCUCCCUCAGUGCCUAAGUGGAGCAAAUAGAGCUCCUAAGUGGAGCUGGCAGCUCACUGGCAAGAAAGGAGAAUGAUAUGAACAGAUACCGUGUUCUUACAUGUACAUCACCUAAUCAUAAUAUUUUCCCUGGCACUUAUGUUAAUUUUCUCCUCUCUUUUACUAUUUUCCUAGCCAUUGUUUUUUAGAUGUAAGUCCACAUAGCCAGAGCAAUAGUCUUUUUACAGACCUCCUUCUAUCAUCCCAACUGUGUCUUGUUUAACUUGACUAUUUAAAUGACUAAGAGUCAGCAUCAUCCAGUUCUGAAGUGGACUGGGCAGUAAUCCAGGUCUUUCUGUUAGAGACAGACAUUCAUUUUUUUGGAAUAGAAACAAAUUACUUCCAAAUGCUGGAAAUGUAAGAAGGCUUUUCAAAAAAGGUUUUCAGGUGUUUAUAGAACAAAUUAGUAUAAAAUAGUUUUCAAAAUGCUAAGCCCAAUUUAAAAUAAAUAUUUAGUACUUUUAGGAGUUGUGAAAAUAUAGCACUAGAAAACUGAAAUCACUGAGCUGUAGCAUGCAUAAAAAUAUAGUGAGGACACACUGGUGUCAAAUUCCCCAUGCACUUUUCUGUUGUGCCUCAACUAGAUUGCAUGCAUAAAAAGGUAGUACUUUGUUUUUUUGGUUUUUUUUUUUUUUUUCACUGAGACUACAUGUAGGCUGUAGGUUUGACAAGAUGACUGUAAAGGAUCAGAAGUUGUUAUUUUACAACAGUUUUGGAUUCACUGUCUGAAAAUCUAGAUUAUCAAGAUGACUGGAAAAUGAAGAAUUUUCCUUGGCUUGAAGUUUGUUUUUGUGCCUCAUUCAGCAUCACAUAGGCACUCUCUAAUCCAGUCUUGUUCUCCACAGCUAUUACCUGUCCCCUUUGGUUUUAUGAUAUCUUGCUUUUACACAACUAUAACAAAUGAAAUGGUAUUUCCACACACGAAUAUUUCCUACCCAUUGGCUCAUCCCAGAUCUGCUUCAUCCUAGCAGGCUAGUCCCAUUCUCCCCUCUUAGCCUCCUCCCCACGUUCUUCACCAAUUUCUGUCUCAUCAGACUACCUGUCUGAAUAGACUUAGAACUACCUCCUCAUUCUUAAAUAUUCUCCAGUUCUAGUUAUAUCUUUCCUUUAUUUUUUUCCCCCACUGAAUUUCAUGAUGUUUCCCAGGCUGUAUUUAUUUUUGUCAUAUCUCCAUUUGAAUCAGUCACCUUUCUUUCUGCUGCCUGGGUCCAGUGAAGUGUCAACUGGCUACAUCUAUGCAUGUAAACUAAAUGUGUCCGGGCUUCUCUGGCAUUGACGACGAUUGAUAUGAAGAAGCUUGCAUCCAUAAAAUCAAAUUCUUACCCUACAAAACAAUGUCAUAGAGGUCAUUCUUACCCUACAAAACAAAGUCACUGCCAUCUAUGAAUGAUUUCUGAGUGGUGCUAGUUUCCGAAAUGUGCCUGAGAUUGUUUGUUGGAACCCUACCUGUCCCAGGCCAAAGCCAUUCCAGAGACUGUGGCAAGAGUCACACACAGUGGACAAUUGACUUCCAGUACUUGGAAGUCUUCCCCAACACAGUUUAGUCUACUGGUGAUAUACACAGCAACAAAAGAAUGCACAUUUCUGUAUAUUAACAACACAAAAAAUAAUUUGUGCUGUCAUUCCUAGUGGCUUUUGGAGGCUGUCCCCAUGGCUGAGGUUUCAGAGGUUCUGGUCAGCCUUGGCUGUGUUCUGUGCUGCUGGAGUCCCAGAGGAUUUUCACUGCCCUUCUGAUACAAGUCUUCAUGAUGCAGCUGUACUCUGUGUCUGUCUGUACAGCCGAGGUGGGACUCCCCAGAUUACACGUCCUUGGUUCAAGGCGUGGGGUCAUGAGCACUUCAGGAGGCUAUCAUUAAUUACCAUGAGAAAAGCAGCGCAUUUGAGUUGUUUUGAAAAGCUGAACUGUUAUGGCUAUUUUUUUUUUUUUCCAAAGCAAUCAGUUCAGGGCAGAUAUCUGUCCCAUAGGAUUUCAGCUUGAUUAAUGAAAAAUUGGCAAAGCUAUAACAUAGUGUACCAUAGGAUCUGAAUAUGGAAGAUGCUGGCCAAUCUUUGCAGCUGAUUUUGCUACCAUGUCAAUUUAAAUUAAAUUUCUAAUUUAAAAAUGCCACAAAAGUAAUGUCUGUUUUUAAAAAAUCAUAAUCUAAAACAUAUUCUAGAUUAAUACUUAGUUCAUGUUAAUAGACUACCUAUUUGUUUCUGUGAUUAAGAUGUCCUUAUGAUGGUAAUUCUAGGAUAUCUAGUUUUAGGUCCUUGCUACUUUGGAAUAUCUUAGUAUGCCAAUAGUUGUGUACCUAGCUUUAUGUUUUCAGCUAGUCUCCUUCUGGACUAACUGUGGUAUAGCCUUAUUCUUUUCACUUUCUUUUUGUUUUGAGCUUACGUGCUGUACACUGAAAAGCUGUGUGGUGCACUGACAGUAAUACCAUAGUACUUCAAAAUAAUUUAGAAACAAUUCUAAAAAAAAAAUAAAAGUUUGGUGAGGAUACAAUUAUAUUAAGUACAUGUAAGGACAUAUUUUCAUGGUAUUCUAAAAAGAACUUAUUUCUAUAAGAGUUGCUUUACUUGUUUUUAGAAAUUCUCCCUAAAAUCAUAUUGCGUUUCAAUCAGGCUAUGACUCUGCAUCCAUCGGUUAGAAGAAGAUAAAUAGCUUUUAAGCAUGUGUAUUUUUCCAUACUGUCAAAAUGUCUCUCUCUCCCUUUUUUCCCUAAAGUAAUUAUUUUUGAGUUUAACAGUAAGUGUAAAGUAAGGACAGAAUUGCAACAGUGCUUCCCACUUGGGACUGAUGUUUCUUUUAAUGACCUUAUGUUAAUUGUGAACAUGGUUAUUCUAGUUUAUGCCUGGAAAAAAGGUAUUGCAUGGAAGCUGACUUUUAGACCCAGGUGAGGGUCAGACUAGCUUGCCAUGGCAGGAACAGUCCUGGGAAAUAGCUACAACUGGGUCGCAAAUCCCAGUGUCUCCAGUAGGGAAGUGCAGUGUUUACAGGAUGAUGCUUACUUCCUUUUUGGGCAGCUCUACAGACAGCUGUGCUGAGGGGGUGGAACUAAACCUCUGGCCAUUCUUGCAUAUUUAUGGCUCCUCAGAACCAAUUUUGUUACAAUUCAGCAAACAAUGAAGGAGGGAGAUUUACUUCCUAUUGUUGAGACAUAUCAGGUGGCUUUAAACAAGCUGUCGGGAUGUUUCCUAGGGUAAAUUAAACAUCUAAAACAUUUAAAAAUUCUCUGCAGAAAGUGCAGAGGUACUAUCAUCAGACAUAGUGAAGUUGCUGAGUUCACUCUAACAGAGUGUGUUGGGUACAUCUUUGUAGCUGUAUGAGAGCAAGUGAACAUUUUGCAUAACUGGAAUAAGUCGAAGAUGACUCUUCAGGCAAGACAGAAACCAAAGCCGAUGCAAUACUUAAAACAUGACAAUCAUCUUUUCUUUCUGUGCUGUCCAAAAGCAACAGUGAACCAGUCUUCCGAAGUAAUACAUUUGUCAUUUAUCUCUUUUUUUUUUCUUUUGAAAUAUUACAGUAUAAAUUGAAACAGCUAGGGUUUCAAAAAUAAAACCUUUUUGAUCAUUGUAAAGAUAAAUGAAUGAUACACUCCUUAAUUUUUGCCAGCUUGCAUAUUUUCCUGUUUAUUUAAUUUUUUUUCUCCUUUGUUGCGUACUGCAAGUAUUAUACAGUGACAGAUUGUCAGAGGCAAAUGAUGUGAUUUGCUUAAAGUCCUUUCAAAUGCAGAAAGUAAGCAAUUAUAAAAAGAUUUUUCUCUGAUCUUUUUCCAUAUAGUUAGAUGUUACUCACAGUAAGAGUUGUACCAGCCUGUAACAGUAUUUGAUGUAUAUUUUCCUCUUAGGAAUAAACUGUAUGAACAGAGUAAAAGUAGACUUAGCAAGUAGCAAGGCAAUAUAAUGUGCAUUUGCAGCAAAAGAGAAGAUGCUAAAUUGAAUGUUUUUUAAAACAAAGGCAGUGAUCUGGCUUUACUGUUAGAAGAUAUUUUAGAUGAGCAAUUUGCAACUUUAUAUAUAUAUAUAUAUAUAUAUAAAGGAACUUUAUGCAGCAUAAGGGGAAAAAAUGUAAGAUUAUAUUUUGUGACUGCCCACCUUGGAAGGCAAGAUUCUUUUGGAGGUACUGUAAUGUAAUAAGGUAUUGUAAUGUAAUGUAAUGGGUAUUACAAAAUUGAUCCAGUUGUAAUGGAAUAGUAGAAGCUGAGAAACUGUUACACUUUCUUUUAAAGUUUACUGCAGUAUGAUGAAAUUCAUGGUGAAAACUUUAUGUUAAAUAAAGACGCACUCUGACACACAGUGUCCAAAAAGAUGCCCUAUUUGAUUACAUGCUCUUUGGUCACUGCUUUACUGUAGUUAUUAACUGUUUAAUCCCUUCCUGGAUUUCUACUCAGAACAUUAUAUUGUAGCAGAAAAUGGAAAGUUCUACUUCCUUGAAAUUACAUAGAUGAAUGAAUAAAACAUAUAUUCCAGAGUUCUUAAAGGGAAGUUACUCCUUGGUUCUGAAUCUUUGCAGUAGAAGCUAUAUUUUCCAACAAAAUCUUACUGGUCCCAUUUGUUAAAUACAUUUGUCUGAAUCUGGAAUAAAAUUAAGCAAAUGUAUAGCUAUUUGCAAAUUCGGGGUUUAUUUAGUGGGAGUGAAUUAAAAAAACAAAUGUACUAAUGGAAAUAACCUACUAUUUUUGUUGCAAAAGAUGUAGAAGGACUAUUUUUUGUUGCAAAAGAUGUAGAAGGAAAUAAUAAAAAUAUAAAUAAUAAAAAAUAAACCAAAUAUUUAGUACUUUAUUAUACCAUAACAUGUACUGAAACUUUGCUAUAACUUUGGCUUAACUAACUGUGAACCUGGUCUUCCUCUGGAGAAUGAGGUGUGUAAAAAUGAAUACAUUUGUUUUUGUUGUUGGGUUUUGCUUUAUGUUUUUGUGGUGGUGCUGUAAUUUUUUUCCAUGCAAUGAUUUUCAGAAUCCUGAUACCAAUGAAGAAAAAAGCAGCAGUAUAGCUUUGUAAAUAUUUUAUAAAAUGUCCAUCUGAAGCCCCUCAACUUCUGCUAAUUAGAGGCCAUACUGUGGAGAUUGACAGGGUAAAUUACCAGUUAAUGUUUACACAACAAAACACAUGCCCAGUACAAUAUCCUACACUGAUGUUACUGAAACCAGAGUCCGGAAAUGUACAGUGGAAACAAGACGUGGUACUUUUCUUGUGCCAACACAAACAGCAAUUACAGCACAGUGUGAGAGAAGUCAUAAGGAAUACUACUGCAUAUCAGUAGUUCAACGAAGUCAGCACUUUUGUGUAAUUGCAGGGGAAAAGGGCUGAAAAACAUUACAGAUCUCAGCAAGAAAUGGCCCUUUAUACUUUUAAACUGAUCCUUGAUAAAACAAUGCUGGGGUCAUGAGAAGGCUACUCUGCCAAUUUUGCUUCACUGUGGGAUCCAUUGACAUCUGGCUGAGCUGCGGAAGCUGGAAAACUUCUUUAAUAUUCUCUUGACAGUAAAAUGGACAUGUGGAAAACAUUCUAAUCUGUUAAUCUUUGGUGCUCCUGAAGAAAAAGGACAUUUGGCUUUAUACUUUGUGAUGAUAAAUAUUAAGUCUCCAGGUCUAGCUGUAUAUAAGUUGAAAGCGUUCAAAUGGAGAAUGCAGUUCUUAUUUUCCAAAUAUGGAAGAAGAUGAAUAUGCACCUGUGUAAUCCAGAUGAUGUAAUAAAUGCCAGGAACUUUUUUCUAUGGGUAGUUUACCAUACAUCUUGGCAAUUUACUUUUCUUUAUGGUGAAUUUAUUUUGUCAAUGAAUAUUAGGGAGUAGAAUCUCCAAACUUCCUUAUAUCCUACAUAUGAAAACAAAUUAAAGCAUUGUUUCACUCAAGGGAGUAUGAAAAUAAAAGUCAGAGAGAUUCAAAAAAAGUAGUUAUACCUGAAUAAAAAGUACAGGUUUUUAUGUAACAGCAUUGACUGUAAAAAUCCUUUUUAACCUGAACUUUAAAUCUAGUAUGGAGUGAUAGUGAAUGAUGGAGAUACACAUUUAUUCAACUUGAGAUAGAAUGUACAAUUCUUUGUUUCUGCCAUGAAGUAUAUUACUAGAAAUGAGAAGAAAGAGAAUUAUUUAACAAAUUAAAAAGUAACUGCUAUUAGCAUAUACUAUGCAUUGUAAAUAAGAAACAUUUAUUGUAUGUAUUAACAUAAAAUGGGGAUGAUACCAGGGGAAAACUAAACUAGAAUUCAAAAUUCUGAACAUGCUUUUAGUACAUUUUUAAUUAGUCUGAACAAGUAAAACAAUUAAUAAAAUAAUGCAUUCAUACAUUUGA